AAUUAAUCAGUUCAACAACAACAUUGCACACUGCACAUUUCACGUGUUCUCGUUGAUUAUUUUUAGCAUCUAAAUUUUUCACAUAAAAAUUUAAAUUACUCGGUGAAAAUGGUUCGGAAACUCAAGCACCAUGAGCAAAAGCUGCUGAAGAAGGUGGAUUUCAUCAGUUGGGAGGAGACGAACAAUGUGCACGAGAUCAAAAUUAUGAAGCGGUACCACAUUCAGAAGAGGGACGAAUACGCGACGUACAAAAAACUGUCCAGGGAAGUACGAGAGUUGGUGCGGAAGAUCAAGGAGCUGGACCAAAACGACCCGUUCAGGAUCGAGAGCAGCAGCCAGGUGCUGGAAAAGUUGAACAUGCUGGGUUUGAUUCCCAGCAGACAGGACCUGGAGCUGUGCGACAAGGUCACUGCCUCGUCCUUCUGCCGAAGACGCCUUCCGGUUGUGAUGGUCAGGACGAAAAUGGCCGAAAAUCUCAAGUUGGCCAGCAAACUGGUUGAGCAGGGACACGUCCGAGUCGGCACGGAGGUCAUCAAAGACCCGGCCUUUCUUGUAACCAGAAAUCUGGAGGACUUUGUUACAUGGGUUGAUACUUCGGCAAUUAGGAAGCAUAUUUUGGAAUAUAACGAAAUGAGAGACGAUUUUGAGUUUUACGGCUAGUUCAAGGCUUAAACUCCAGAAUCUGCAUGUUAUCAAGCUCUACAAGGGUGCAAUAGUUUUGUAAGCAUCGUAAAUAUUAUUGUCCUUAAAAUAAAAGGCUUGACUAUAAUGUAUUUAAGAGAGUAAAAAACAAG